UAGGAGAGCUCAUGAAUCCAACACUUGAAGAAAACAAUAAGGUCUAAGAAUUUUGACAGAGGAACUGGAGAAACAAGAACUUCAUCUCAAAAUCUCAGUCUUCCUUUUGAACAUUGGAAUAAGCAAAGCAGGAAAAAGAGCUUCCUUCAUGGGAGGUACAGGCAUCUGGAUUUUGGCCCUGUCCAUACUAAUGUCAGUGAUGGGUUCUGAAUAUCCCCCAAAUCCUGAAUCUUGUAAUGUUCAAGGACCUCGAGGCAUCCCAGGUUUACCAGGAUUAAGAGGCCCACAAGGACCUCCCGGUAUGCCAGGACUACCAGGGAUUCCAGGGAUACCAGGGCCACAAGGGCCACCAGGAAUGUUGAGGGAUUGCAAUAGCAGACUUACAUCGGCCUUUGCAGUGAAGGUAGAUGAGCUGCUCCCAGCUCCCUCCCAGCCUGUGAUCUUCAAGGAAGCCCUGCAUGACUCUCAGGGAAUCUUUGAUCUGGCCACUGGCGUGUUCACCUGCAGGGUCCCAGGACUCUACCAUUUUGGAUUUCACAUGGAAGCCGUCCAGAGGGCUGUGAAGGUGAGCCUCAUGAGAGAUGGCACCCAGGUCAUGGAGAGAGAAGCAGAGGCCCGGGAUGGCUAUGAGCACAUUUCAGGAACGGCCGUCUUACAGCUGGGAAAGGGAGACAAGGUCUGGCUGGAGAACAAGCUGAACCAAACAGAACUUGAAAGGGGGACCAUUCAAACUGUGUUCUCUGGGUUUUUGAUUCAUGAAAAUUAAGAGCCCUGGUUUAUAUCAGUACUACAACUCCUUCCCUAAGAGGGCCCAACUUCAGAGAGAGAAUAUUCCUCUUUCUUCUAAGGUCCUCAUUUCCUUUCAAAAUUACAAUCCCAGCACAUAAAAACCUGAUCCUAUGUGAUGAGAUAAAGUGCUACCCCUGGUUUGAUCAGUACACAUUGUACACAUUUAUUGGAUUAUAUUGGAUUAUAAUACUGUAUUUCAUAAAUAAGUACAAAUAUGAUGUUAGUCAAAAUACAAGUAAAUAAUUGAAAAACAGAAUGUUCCUUGAUGAUCGUGUACUUUAAAAUUAUCAUUUGGAUGUGAAUAAAAUACAUGACUAAUAAGGUGA